AUGACUUUCUCUAAUAACCUUCAUUGCGUAUUGAUAUUUAUGAUCAUCUCAUAUCUUACUCUUAUUCUUUUUGCAUCAGCGUUAGAUGUCUCAACCACUGAAGCGGACGCACCAGCACCAGGAUCAGGCCACGACGGCCUGUUACCUCUAGCACCUAAGCAUGUUGUAAUCCAUAACGUUGUAGAGAACGGGCAAGUUCUGAACGUACAUUGCAAGUCUAGUGAGGAUGAUUUGGGGAUGAUCCGUAUCCCUUGGGAUAAGUACUGGAGUUUCAGAUUUCAUGUUAACAUUUGGAAAAGCACGAGGUUUCGUUGCCAUUUUACGUGGUAUGGAGGCGGAUCUCAUUAUUUUGAUAUCUUUACAGUAGCAAGAGAUGAUACUCCAUCUGGAGAGACUCCAGUGUGUAGAGAAUGCAUUUGGGAGGUGGGAAAAGAGUCCAAAGACGAGAAAACUCCUAUGUGUCGUAUAGAUGGUGAUGGAUUAACUCGUUACUGUUUCGAAUGGGACGAUUAA